AGCUCUAAGCGUAUUUUUAUUCUUCCCUACGAUUUGUUCCUUGUUGCCUUUUCCCGCCAAAAACUCAUUGUAUUACACAGGUGUAGCACAUAUGGCACGUAUCCUAGUUUCGUACCUCGUUGAGGAGUGUGCUAUUACGGAAGCACGUUUCCAAUAUUUAAAGAACACGAACAGUCGCGUGAUUGACUGCAGAAAGAGAUUGAAUCUGUGACGUAGUAUACAUCAAUUACAGAUUAUCGUGGUCACGCUCGUUGUACACGUUCUCACCUGUGAGACAAACUUUGAGCAUGCACAUUCGCGUAGAGACGUUUGCCGAUUGUAUUCGUUGAGUGACUACGAUGGAAAUUACAGAGCAGAGCUAAAGUUACGUGAUGACUGCACGAAUAAACUCAGUGUAGCUCAUAAAACUGAUGUGCUACGUUUAAUCGCGGAGAGUUUGUACCAUUCGGCGCAGUGUUGGUGGCAAAGAAGUGCGAGAGGUUAAUGGAGGUACUCGCCAUACUUGCCGAAGAGAGAGAGAGAGAGUGUGUGUGCGGUGUGAUUGACUUUUUUAAAGUAUAUUAUUAGUUAAAUGAGACAAUAAAGAAGAUGAACACGCCACAGUCUAACAAGAAGAAGGGCAGGAGCAGGAUAGGUGUACCCAAUGAAACUAUGAGCCCUACGAACAUCGAGACGCUCAGCAACCAGGAAACAGCGAAGUUUGUUUUGGUACAUCCUAUAGGAGAGGAUGCAAAUAAACCAGUCAAGUUAGCCAUCUCAGAUGCAAUCCCUAUAAUCUCGAUGGAUGGGAGUAUGGAUGACAAAAGUUUAAUGCAAAAGAGUAACGCAGCAUUGCUGGAAAAGGAGAAGGAAGACAAAAAUAUUCUUAGUACUUUACCUGUCGCUACAUUUAGAGAAAUAGAAGGCUAUGAGGAACAACUGGGAAAAGCUGAGCCACUACCAAAUUCUUACAUUAGAUUUAUGGAACGCAGUGGCGAAGAACUUGACGGAGAAGUAGAAUACGAUAUGGACGAGGAAGACACUACGUGGUUGUCUAUGUUGAAUGAAAGAAGAACAGCUUCUGGACUGAAGACACUGGAGGCUGAUAGUUUCGAACUGCUAAUGGACAGGCUGGAGAAAGAAUCGUACUUUCAACAACAGAGCAACGGUGGAGGUGGCGUCGCUGCGGACGAGGACGCCGUCUGCUGCAUCUGCAUGGACGGUGAAUGUCAGAAUAGUAAUGCCAUCCUGUUUUGUGACAUGUGCAAUCUUGCCGUCCAUCAAGAUUGUUACGGCGUGCCGUAUAUACCCGAAGGACAAUGGCUGUGUAGAAGGUGUCUGCAGAGUCCAUCUAGAGCUGUGGAUUGUAUUCUAUGCCCGAACAGAGGUGGUGCAUUCAAGCAGACUGACCGUUCGGCAACGUGGGCACAUGUGGUUUGUGCUCUGUGGAUACCAGAAGUAAGAUUCGCCAACACUGUAUUCUUGGAACCCAUCGACAGCAUAGAGAGCAUUCCGCAAGCCCGCUGGAAGCUCAUCUGCUGCGUGUGCAAGAAAAAGGGAAGAGGCGCAUGCAUCCAGUGCCACAAGAGCAACUGCUACGCGGCAUUUCACGUGACUUGUGCCCAGCAAGCCGGUCUAUGCAUGCGUAUGAGAACAGUACAGCCUGCCAAUGGCGAGCCAAUGCUUGUACAAAAGACUGCCUAUUGCGAGGCACAUACUCCCGUUGAUUACCAGCCUUCCACGAAUCCCGUGGAUGCAAGGAGGCGAGCGAUAGCGAAUAAAAAGAGUUCGUCGGCGCCUGUCAUAUCCAUUCCCACCAUACCACCUGAGAGAAUCCAAGAAAUCGCUAAUCUGGCUGAAGGAUUAGAAAAAAAGAGUCAAGUGAUACAACGUCUAAUCGCCUAUUGGACACUAAAACGGCAGUACAGAAAUGGUGUACCACUUCUCAGAAGACUGCAAAGUUCACAUCCACAAUCUAGACCUCCUCCGCUUGUGGAACACUCUACUUCACCCACACAUGAUAAUGAAUUACGGGGAGAAAUGUGUCGUCAGCUGAAAUACUGGCAAUGCCUACGUCAAGAUUUGGAACGCGCACGGUUGCUGUGCGAGCUAGUACGCAAACGUGAGAAAUUGAAAAAGGAACUCGUGAAAGUAAAGGAGAAAUGUAUGUUGUUCGAAUUGCGACCAUUGGAGAGCAUUUUGCGUACAUUGCUAGAAGCGAUAAAAGCGAAAGAUGUGAAUGAUGUAUUUGGACAACCAGUCAAUACUAAAGAAGUUCCGGAUUAUCUCGAAAUAGUGUCGCAUCCUAUGGAUCUUUCUACUAUGCAGGCAAAAUUGGAGAAGCAGGAGUACGAGACUAUCGCGGCAUUCCAGGCUGAUUUCAAUUUGAUGGUGAACAAUUGCCUGGCAUACAAUCGCAAGGACACUAUGUUUUAUCGAGCCGGGAUGAAAAUGAAGGAGCAAGGUAGUGCCCUGAUAGAGCAGGUUCGCAAAGACCAUCCUGACCUCGAUCCGGUCACCGAACCCGAACAGGCUGGCCCAAAACCUAGAAAACGAGAGAGAUCCAGUCGCAGUCGCGCGGAAACGGAGUCGCAGUCUAACGAGAAGGAGGUCGGCGGUGGUGGUGUAAACAGGAGAACGGCUGUACUAUUUACGCGUAAGGCUAGAGCGCGUAAUGCUAGGAGCAGUCAGAUGUUUCUCUCGGAAGAUGAUAGGAAGAAACAAAGUGAUAGUUUUAAAGUAUACAGGAGUGGUACAAUGGACAGCGAUAUUGGUGAAGCAGAAAGCCAAUCGUCGAGUUGCAGUAGCUGCCCUACGAGUAGAUCCACCACCCCCAAUCCAGAAGAGGAGAAACAACGACAAGAGACCCCGGAUACGAAGAAAGAGAGUGAAAAUAAACAGGCGAGCGCUAGUAACGGUUUGGAAUGCUUGCAACUCGUGUGGGCGAAGUGUCGAGGAUAUCCUUGGUAUCCAGCUCUGAUUAUUGAUCCUAAAACACGCCGAGGUACUGUAUAUAAAGGGGUGCCAAUUCCCGCACCGCCCGAUGACGUUCUAGCGCUUGCGCCAGGUGAUAAUUUCAAAGAGCCCGUCUUCCUUGUGCUGUUCUUUGACACAAAACGUACAUGGCAAUGGCUGCCAGGGGAAAAAUUAGAAAAACUUGGAGUGUCGCAAGAAGUGGAUGAAGCGAAAUUAAUUGAAUCACGUAAACCUGCAGACAGAAAAGCUGUGAAGAAGGCUUACCAAGAAGCCUUGCAUUAUUAUAAACAAACGCAUAAUGCUGCGUUAGACACACCAAAUAGCUAAAUCUCAUAUGAUAGCGUGUUUAAAUAUUUAUGUUGCCAUAUAUAAACAUUUAAAGAUUCCACAUUUGGACGAUACAAAUACUUCAUAUGCACUAAACUAACAUUUUAGUAAAAUAUAUUUUUGGUGUCUCAAAAAACAGUGGAUAGAUAAUCAAAAUAGUAAAUUUUAAUUUAUGAAAUGUAACGUAUAUCUUAUGGAUGUAUAUAAUUGUAGAAUAUAAAUAAUUUGCUAGAAAUUAUUUUAUGAAAUGAAGUAUUAAUGUAUUAAUAUUAAGAAGAUAAAUUUAAGUUUGAAGACAAGACAUAAAAUAGGGUUAUUGUAAUGUACAGUUUUAUGUGAAUCUUAUUACACAUGAACAAUAUUUUUAUUUUAUAGAAACAUGUUUCUACCGUUUGUGACACUUUUUACUCUUUAUAAAGUUUAUUAUAAAAGUAGCAUAUAGAUACGGUGAAUAAAUCUUUCACGAUAUCGACAAAAUAUUACAUUACGUUCUGAAUUACUUAUUGUAAUUAUAUAAAAUUCUUGUUAAGUCUCAAUUAAGUUUAUUAUACAAGUUGUCAUUAUAAAGUUCGACUGCGCAUAGUGCAUAAACAUUAAUAACAAUAUUGAAUAAAUUCAUAUGAAUGUA